CCCCUAACUUGGAGAUGCCUUGUCGUAGAAGAAUAUCAAUAUGGUGUUAUCACUUAAUGGUCCAUAGAAGCGUUACUUAUUCCAAAGUCAGAUCUUUGGUGAAAAAUCGGUGAUUGUCAUCCGUUGUUUUGCGUACAGAGGAUUUCCCAACUCCAUCAGAAUUGUCCUGUCCUGUGAAGUUUGGCACACGAGCCACUCCAGUGUGCCAUCGGUGCGAAGAAAGUGCAGCUGCCUGCAGGGAACAGGUAUUUAGUAUCCAGGAGCAUGACCAGGAGUCUGACGGGGCCCAAUGCCUCUACUCCGUACCCAAUGACCCUGAGGCGAACCUGGGCGGCACCUCCAGAGUCCCGACCACCUCCAUGCUCUUCCUCCAUCACGUUUCCAUCCUGCAGGACCUCACUGAGGCACCAGACGACCAGGGCUCCCAGGCUUACCAGUGUGGCUUGUGUUGGCUGCCCCUCCCCAGCCUUGCUGCCCACCAAGCCCACCUCCUGGUCAGCUGGACGUACAGCACAGGCUGCAACCGUCUCUACAGUGACAUGAUCAGACUGAAUCCGUCUUCUCCUCCUCCAUUGGUAUCUGAGGAGCCAUCGCCAUCCUCACCCAGCCCAGUCCACAAUGACCAGUGGGACCAGGAGGCUGAUAGGGCCCGUCGUGACCUUGAGGCCAAACUGGGAUCGAGGCGUGGCGGGUACACUGACCACCUCCAGGCCCACUUCGUCUGCCAGGAUGUCUAAGACCCCAUCCACCACGUCUGCAGCCUCUGUAACCUCGGCAACGUCUGCAGCCUCUGUAACCUCGGCAACGUCUGCAGCCUCUACAGACAGCAAAGGUGGUAAAUCCUCCCAGAAGUCCUCGGGUUCGGAGUCGGCUCCCAAGAAGGUGUCUAAGAAAGAGCAGAAGAGACAGGACAUGGAGAAGAUACACACCACCCUGCUCUGCAGCGUGUUUGGAGCGGAGAGAGAGUUGGCUCAAGCUGAGUUGGAUGAGCUGGACUUUGCCUUCAAGGAGUUUGACUACGACUGCGACGGCUACCUGAACUACAAGGACGUGGCAGAGUGCAUGAGGACCAUGGGCUACAUGCCCACUGAGAUGGAGCUUCUGGAAAUAGUACAACAGAUUAAGAUGAGGAUGGGCGGUCUGAUGGACUUUGAUGACUUCUGUGAGCUAAUGGGUCCCAGGAUAAUGGGGGAGACUGUUGACAUGCUGGGGCUGAAGGAGCUCAGAUCAGCCUUCUCUCAGUUUGACCAAGACUGUGAUGGGAAAAUCAGUCAGGAUGAGAUGAAGGAAGCGGUGAAGUGUUUUCUGGGGGAGAAACUGAAGAAAGGAGAGCUGGAAGAUAUCCUCAAGGAGAUUGACAUCAACGGAGAUGGAAGCGUCGACUUUGACGAGUUCGUCAUGAUUCUGUCCAUUCGAUAAGCGCUGGAAGACCUGAGAGGACGCUAUCGUUUUAAUGAAUCUUGUUAGACUAAGACGAGAUAACAUUGUGUGUACAUCUGUGUGUACUACUACAAAUGUACUACUGUUUAAAAGUUUGGGGUCACUUAGAAAUGUCCUUGUUUUUGAAAGAAAAGCAAUUUUUGUUGCCCAUUAAAAUAACAUGAAAUUGAGCAGAAAUAGAGUGUAGACAUUGUUGAUGUUGUAAAUGACUAUUGUAGCUGGAAACGGCUGAUUUUUAAUGGAAUAUCUACAUAGGUGUACAAAGGCCCACUAUCAGCAACCAUCACUCCUGUGUUCCAAUGGCACAUUGUGUUAGCUAAUCCAAGUUUAUAAU